UGAGAGAGAGAGAAAAAAGGGAGGAGAAAAAUGGGAGUGUACAUACAACGCUUGCUCUACUACACAGUGUAAAAAAGGGGAGGGGACAUCAAAACAAUCAAGAGAAGAGAAUCUCUGUUACCUUCUCAUUCCUCCUCUGGAGCUAGAAUCUCUGUUACCUUCUCAUUCCUCCUCUGGAGCUACUGAAAACAGCAACAACAACAACCACCAACUGACUGAGACUUUUCACAUCUCAGAACUAGACAGUCCACAUUCUCCCUCUUCAAAACAGGGCAUUUAACCCCCUCCACCCUGUGGCCAUGGGAGAAGACUCAUCGCACGCCGAGCGCCUCAGCAACAGCAGCAGCAUUUUGGUCAACCCCCAGCAGUACCAUGCACAGCAAGACAACAUGGACCUCCUGGUGCCCAGCUUCAGCCCCAGCUCGGCUCCCUCCUCCCCCACUGACACCCUCUCCAGGCUGGGCUUGAAAACCCCCGGGAGCCCCGGAAGUCCCACCAGUCCCAUGGCCAAGGAUCAGGUGAGUGCCAUCACAGUGGUGGCUCUACUCGACAAGCUGGUCAAUAUGCUGGAGGCGGUGCAGGAGAACCAGCUGCGCAUGGAGCAGCGCCAGGCUGACCUGGAGGGCGCCGUGCAAGGGGUCCAAGGCGACGUGACUCGCCUKUCCAAGAACCACACCAGCACGUCCAACAGCGUGAGCAAGCUGCUGGAGCGCUCGCACAAGGUCAACACCCACAUGAAGGAGGUGCGGGAGCGUCUGGACAAGCAGGCGUCGCAGGUGAAGCGGCUGGAGGCCAACCAUGGACACCUGCUCAAGAGGAACCAUUUCAAAGUACUCAUUUUCCAGGAAGACAACGAGAUCCCCUCCAGCAUGUUCAUCAAGGACUCCCCCAAGACCUGCCAGGCCAGCCAGCUUGAGGACGACGCCCCUGCGGCACCUGCCCCGUCCGUCACCGGCAUAGAUGCCAACCACUCUCAGGAGGAGGGUCUCCAUAACAUCAGCCUGUACUCCUCCGACAAUGACACCGGGGGUCUCCACGAGGAUGAUGAAGCCCUGGAGGGAGAGGCAGAGCUGGGCCUAGAAGCGGCCCUGCCCUCCUUCGAGAGAUCCAGAGCCGACCGGCUGAAGCGCUCCAGCCUGAAGAAGGUGGACAGCCUGAAGAAGGCCUUCUCGCGCCAGAGCAUCGAGAAGAAGAUGACCAAGAUCAGCACCAAGAUCGUGCCGCCCGCGAGCCGUGAGAAGAUCAAGAAAAGCUUUACACCAAACCACCCUAAGAGUCCCACCGCCAAGAGCUCUUCUUUCAAGGUGUCGCCCAUGACGUUCAAUGUGAAGAAGUUGCGAGGCGAAGGGGAGGCUUCGACACAGCCCGGAGGCUCGCCUAGCGGGCAAGCCCACGUGGAGAUCCCUCCCCUGGGUAGCAUGGAUGGGGAUCUACCCCUGGCGGAGGUGUACUCCCAGGAAGGGCUGGGUGUGGAGGGGGGAGAGGAGCUAGCUAGUCCUUCUACCCCUGGGAGCGUGCAGGCCGAUUUGACCAUCAAUGGAGAAGCGGGGAGCCUUGAGUGUGACCUGACCAUCGAUCGUCCACUGGGACUUGCUCUCCCGGAGCAUGAUGACGAUAUGGGGGAGGAGGAAGAGGUUUAUGAUGAGGUAGAGGAGCAGGAAAGCCCGGUGGAGGUAAAGGCCCCCAUACCUGCUGUGGAGCAAGCCUCAUAAUCUCAUCCCUCUCAUCUUUUGCUUCUGCACAUUCCCUGGCCAUUUUAUGUUAACAUGCCAACACUGUAGUCAUCCCUCCAUCUUUCCAGCCUACCAAUUUCUGAAAAAUCUCAAGCUCCAGUGCUAACGAUACGGAGCCCCUAAGCAUCCCUGGCCCUCCAAUGCCUCCAGCCCUGCAUGUACGAUUGAUCCAGGAGAUCCCAGAUCAACAAGCUUCCAUUUCAGAGAUCCUGAUUUAUCAAGAGUGAUCAAGAUAUCCUGCAUCAGUUGCUCCUGCCUGGUGUGUUUAGCUACCUACCCUUCUUUGGGGCUACCUUAGGACAAGAACCAGCAAGCCAAGGGACUAUAACUCACCUUCCCAACUGGAACCUGGGCUUCUGAACAGCACAUCUCCAGGAUGCUGAGCCAACUCUCUCUCGCUGUUGAUCUGUCUUCGCAUGGGCCUCUCUGUCUGACGGAUAGUCUCUUUGUUCUCCUGCCUCGCUUGAAUGCCGGUAAAUAUUUGGCAAAGAGGGUAAAGCCCACAGCUUGGGAAGGGUAGCCCAUUGCCAGGUUGUCUGGGCAUUGGUAUGGGGCGGUAACUAUGUUUCUAACGCAAGGUUGGUGUAAGGCUGAGGUUUGUGACAUAUGCAUUUGACCCAGGUCUGGAUAUAACCAUACAACCUGAGUGCAGGGUAAAAAUGGAGCCAUAGCAUUAAGGCAAUUUCAUGCCAUCCCUACCUUAGUUCAUUUAUUUGCCAUAAUAUAUAUACUCAUCAGAGCUCUCAUGACAAAAAACACAGCUUGAAAGUGGUAAGUGGUUUAAGGAGUGAAAUAUCAGUAGGCAUAACGACUUAUAUAGAAUCAUGUUUGAGUACUGUCACCUGACUUUCAUAAAUAUACUGUCAAAAUGGUCAUGUUGGAGCUGAUUACGUGUGCAUUCGGUGCACCUAAUGUUAGCAUAGCACUCACAUAAACAAUGUUGACACAUUCCUAUAUGGUUGAAACACACAUGCACACAAACACUUGAUUAACUAGCACACAUUUACUGAGGCACCCACAAAGACAAUCACACACACACUCAUACACGCACGGAAUUCUUCAAACUUACACAGGCUGUUGUGGGUAAUUGCCAUCCUGGAGUGAGGAAUUCCUGUUUUGGAAGCCCUGUUGGGAAAAAAA